AAGUGAACAGAAUGUAAACAGAGAGCCAGCUUUAAUAACACAGAAAUAUGUUUGCAUAUUAACUGAAGGACUAUAUCUGCGUGUGUUUCUCUGGUCCUUGCUGUUCCACUCAGGUCUCCACAUGGCAGUAGGAUAACAUCUGUGCAGGUUUCCUUAUAGAGGCUGUAGGUGGAGGUUUGGCCACAGCUUUCUGUGGGGAUCUUCAGGGGGAGUGGUCUUCUUCAGGUGGCUGAAGGUGGAGGUUUGACCGCAGUGAUCUGUCAGAGGGCAUGGCGUAUAUAGAGGAUAAGAAAUAUAUCCACAGAGACCUGAGAGCAGCCAAUGUCCUGGUGUCAGAGAGUCUGCUCUGCAAAAUCGCUGACUUUGGACUGGCAAGAGUUAUAGAGGACGACGAAUACUCUGCCAGAGAGGGAGCCAAAUUCCCCAUCAAGUGGACGGCUCCAGAGGCCAUCAACUACGGAUCCUUCACCAUCAAGUCAGACAUCUGGUCCUUCGGAGUUCUGCUCUAUGAGAUUAUAACAUACGGGAAAUGCCCCUACCCAGGUAUGACCAAAGGAGAGGUGAUUUCCUCGGUGCAGCGCGGCUACAGGAUGCCUCAGCCUGACAGCUGUCCUGACGAGCUCUACGCCAUCAUGACGUCCUGCUGGAAGCACAAACCUGAAGACAGGCCCACCUUCGAGUACCUGCAGAGUGUCCUGGACGACUUCUACACCGCCACAGAGGGACAAUACCAGCAACAACCAUAGAGAGGGACACUUUCAGCCAGAAAUUAUAUUUGGAGCUGCUUUGGAUGUGUUGUUAUAGUUGUAAUAUUUUGUAUAUACCAGACUAAUGUCUAAAGCCCUAACAAUCUUGAAAUGUGCUCCUAUACAUGUUUACAAUGUGUUUCUUAUAUAUUUGCUGUUAAGAACAUUUCCCUGGAUUUACCGUACUGUACUAUUCAAAGUGUAUGUGCUAUUCCAGUACCUGACCAUCUCAAAUUCAAUGUAUGUUUGAAAGGGACAGAACAAAUAGGUGACAUUAUACAUAAGAGUUUGCAAUGCUAGGACACAAUGUCUUUAUUCCUGUCCAAAAAGCUGCCUAAAAGAGACUGGAUGUGUAUAUAAUGUGGCAACAAUUGAAAAAGGGCCAUGCUGUAUUUACGAUUAGCUGUUUGACUUCACACAAUCAUUUCUCCUUUUAUAUAGUGUAAAUGACUGAAUUUCACAUUUCAUGACUUAUUAUUUCGUAAGCUGCUCUAACAAUGUUCUUCAAUCUCUAACAAAAUAUUCUUUAAUCAUUUUCUGUUUGUUAACUGUUUCUUGAAUAUCCUGAUCAUCUCUGAACCCCACUUCAUAUUGAAGUUAUUUAGCAUUUGUUUAAUUGUUUAAUUGGUGUGAAUAUGUUAUCUGUAUUAUUUCAACUGUACAUAUAUAGUGGGCUAUUAUAUAAUUAAAUGUCUGGCUUUGACAUAUUGUGA